GCAGUUCCAGCUAACUCGAUGCAUAGUUUCACUUUCUCUCAUAUAAAAGAACAGGACGCAGAGUCUUUGCAGCACAACUUUUCAACCUUCUUCAACCUGCCACCAUCAGAUAACUCUUCCUCACUGCCAAUUCCCAACAACAAGGAAGGGUUCAGAAAAAUGGAAAAGAAAAACAUACGUUACUUAGACUUUCAGUUUAAUAAUGAAGAUUUUCAUUUUGAAAAAUAUUCAGAUGACGAACACUUGCAUAUGGUAAAUAAACGCCCAGAUACUUUUAAAAAGACAGUAAAAAAGGGAGCUGGGAAAGCAGUGGCAAAUGGAGCUGAUAUCGCGUUCAUAAGAAAUGGCAUUGGAGUUCAAGCUAAAACAGGUGUUAGUAAACAUGAGGCAGAAACAGGAGUGCAUGUGGCUGAACUGGCCAAACUCAAGGUCUUAUCAGCUGAUGCUGGGGCUCGGGCCCUAAAUGCUUCUGCAUCUGCAUCCGCAUCACCUGUUGGAGCAAAAGCUUCUGCCAAAGCAAAUGUGGCGGAGGCUGCAGCCAGUGCUGCCCUUGUGGAGGGGUUCAUUGAAGCCAACGCAAGAGCUGUUGCUCUUGAAGCAGAGGCGCAUGCAAGUGCUGGACUGGAACACCUUGGAGCCCUUGCAGGAGCCGAAGUUUCGGUAGCAAAAGUUGAAGCGGGUAUCUCCCACACUCCUCUCCAGGCCCAUGCUAAAGGUCCUGGGGCGAACGCAGAGGCUGGGGCUUCCUGGACUUAUGCAGGUGUGAGUGCUGGAGCCCAUGCUGGAGAAGUAAGAGCCGGUCCCCUAGCACUUCGGGCAGGAGUCAAGUUUGGAGGAGGAAUAAGAAAUGGUGUCCCUGAAGUGGACCUGGGACCAGUCACUCUUCCUUGCUCAGUCAUGUGAAUCACACAAUUGAGUUAUAACGUUGAUUUUUUUUUUCUAAUGAUAAUUCACCAAUGAUGCUGUUGUGGUUUAUAACAGUAUCUCUUGGACACUGCACAUAUGCUGUACCAACACAGUGUCCACUGGGUCAUCUUUGACCAGGCGCAGUAAUCAAUUCAUCAGUAGUAAGUUCAUAUCAAAUGUGUCCAAAUGUUGUCUAAUUUCAACAGAUCUAUUAUGCAUGUAUCAAUUGGCUACAUCAAAUCAAUAAAUGUUGCUCAAUCAUU